AUGGCUACUUCGAUCAUGCACAUUACGACGAUUUUGGGCGCAUCUAACUAUAUUGAUUUACCAAGUCUUUUCGAGCUUCCCAUCUUUAAGCACACAUACGAAGCCGAGAAAGCACAUUGUGACCUCGAAGAUCUAGAGGGGUUUCUAUCAUACUGGUUUCCCGACCCAUCAAAUCUUGUCCGGGCUGUCAUCUUCUUCGGUAACGAUACAGAAGCAAUUUUGUGUCUGAGUUUUGUGAUAGCUGGGUCGCACAUAUUCACAUUAUAUGAUUCGCACACACAUUCCAUGACCCCCAGAGGGCCCUCAUUCACGGUGUCUAAAGACAUCAAAUUUAUGAUACCCUUUCUGCGCCAACGACUACAAAAACGGCAUCUUCCAGAUGGUUCUCUUACAGGCGAAUUUUUACGGAACACGCGCCCAUCUGCAUUCGUUUUAAAGCAGAUCAAUAGGUCACUACAUAUCGAUGUCGAAGACCUGAUGAACAGCAGUGCAUCGUAUAUACAGAGCAUGGGACAGAAGCCAUGGACUUCUCUCGAGGCAGUCCGGCCUUUUCUCAAUGACAUAGUGGACCAUCAUGCUCUGGGUCGUUCCCGAGCACAUAAUGGAAGGGGAACACAUUCGGCACAGUGCUCAGACAAAGCCUUAUCUAACAGUAGCCAGCACCGUCGAGUUCAACGAGGACAUCGCAAUAAAUUUGCGCCCGAAGUAGAUCAUUCUCAAUUUGGAUGGCAGAUGUCGCUCCAAAAUCAAGCAUCGACCUUCUCAAGUAACCAUGCUGUGGAACAUAACAAUUCUGCAAAAAUAGGAGACUUGUUAUCAGACUCUGUAAAUGAGGGCAAUGUACCGCGAUACGGGAAACAGUCCGAGUUCGAGUGGUUGACCUCACUUGCGCAAGAUCAUGCAAACAACACGGAUAGCCUAGGGUCUCGUCAGAAUAAUUCAUGUACUGCCGAAGAAUCAACAAAAAUAGAAGACACAUGGGAAGUCCAGCUCAUGAAACAACUACAAGACGAAGAAGAGAUAGCCGCCACCUUCCCUCAUCGCACAACUUCCGAAUAUACCUGGCUUGUCUCUCUACAUAAACAGAUUCAAGCAGAAGAAAGGGCUAAGUCACAAUAUGGGGCGUCAUCUUUUUCCCAUUUAGAACUCGAUUGGCAAUUGGCCGUGCAAAUGCAGCAUGGAGACCAAGAAGACAUUCCGCGUAUCAUUGUCAAUUAUGACGGAGAUAACGAAGUUUCUCUGCAUGCUGAAAGGUCAACCAUUCGGUCUGAUCUUUUACAUGUACCUAUUCCCGAGAGGAGGGAAUCCGGGGACCAAUUUCGAUUACUUACAUUUGCAUCCCCUCCCGCACUGUUUCCCUGUAGCAUCUGUGGUGAACUCCUCACUCAUGCUGACAAAUUAGGUCCUUCAGAGUGCGGGCACGGUUUUUGUAAAGAUUGUUUGACCCAAUUUACUCGGACAAAAAUUCAAGAAGGUCGUUAUCCUAUAUUCUGUCCAGACUGCCUCGCUGAUCGUGCGCCGACCAAGUAUCAUAUCGUCAGGGAAAUACUAGAUCAAUUAAGCCUUUCUUCUGAAGAGUUUGGCAAACUGGGCGAACUUGAAGUGGUCUCCCAUGCAGUCUCUAUAGAGUGUCCAAGAUGCAAGGAAACCAUGCACGUAGAUCGUGUUGAAUAUAGCCAACAUGACAUCAUCAUCUGCCCUCUCCCAGUUUGUCUUACCCUCAAAGUCGGCGAGAGCUCGGGCCUUGAUGUACCUACAGGAUGUGGAACCCCCGUACAGAAGGAGUCUGGCUGCAACCACAUGACGUCCUUGGCCAUCAGCGCUUCAGCUGCUGCUGCUCGUUUCUGCUUAAAUAUGGAGCCUCAUCUGGUCGACAAAAAAGCGACCUUCGCGUCGUUUUCCCACAUCCUCGACUCUCGUUUACUGCGUGCAUUAGCGGACUCGGGCUUUUCCAGACCCACCCUUGUCCAAGCCAAAGCGAUUCCCCUUGCUCUUGAAAGUCGCGACAUCCUUGCCCGCGCCCGUACAGGCAGUGGAAAGACAGCUGCCUAUUGCAUACCUGUCGUGCAGAAGAUUCUAAGCAUUAAAAGUAAUUUGACACCGGAAGAUGAGAAUCGGCAAACUACCAGGGCACUAAUUCUUGUUCCUACGAGGGAGCUCUCCGAACAAGUUUCAACUUCGCUGAAAGGGCUGAUUUCGUACUGCGAUAAGGAUAUUACUGUUUGCAAUGUGGCGGCUGGGACUACAUCGCACUUACAACGGACCCUCCUUUCAGACAAACCAGAUAUUCUGAUAUCCACACCUUCACGGGCUUUGAUUCUUUUACAAGCCAAAACCAUUUCGCUUUCUGCCUUGGAAUCCCUGGUCAUCGACGAAGCUGAUCUCAUCCUGUCGUACGGACAUGAUGAAGACGUUCGAGCCAUCUUCAGCGGUGGCUAUCUUCCUAAAGUAUAUCAAUCAUUUUUGAUGAGCGCUACUAUGACGGAAGAUGUUGAGCUGUUGAAAGGUCUUGCUCUUCGGAACCCUGCUAUAUUGAAAUUAGAAGAAGGAGAGGACGAAGCAGCUCUGCUUAGUCAAUAUUCAGUCAGAUGCUCUGAAGUCGACAAAUUUCUUCUUAUCUAUGUCAUCCUGAAGCUGAAACUUAUCAGAGGCAAAUGUAUCAUCUUUGUGAAUGAUGUAGACCGGAGUUACCGUCUAAAACUGUUCUUGGAGCAAUUUUCAAUCAAAACUUGUGUUUUGAAUUCAGAACUUCCUCUAAACUCUAGAUAUCAUGUUGUGCAGGAAUUUAAUAAAGGUGUCUAUGACUAUAUCAUUGCUACGGAUGAGAGCGGCGCUAGUGGCGAAUAUGAUACUGAAGAUGAAGAGGAGGCUGACGAACUAGAUAAUGAGGAAGAAUUCACUUCGACUCAACGUGAACCGGUGGAGGAAUUAUCUCCAGAGCCUAGUUCAUCCAAACCUGAAACCAACAAGCGGCGACGCGAAUCUUCACCACCGUCAGGCAGACCAAGAAAACGCGAUCGUAAAGACAAGGGGAAGGCUAAGGAAUAUGGGGUAACUCGCGGUGUUGACUUCGUCGACGUUGCAUGUGUUGUCAACUUUGAUCUGCCGACCUCUUCACGGUCAUACACACACAGAGUCGGUCGUACAGCUCGUGCCGGCCGUACAGGGAUGUCUCUAUCCUUUGUAGUUCCCAAGGACCAGUGGGGGAAAAACAAAGUUGUGGGAUGUCUGCCGAGCGCGGAGAAAGAUGAAGUGGUGUUCAAUAAGAUAGAGAGGGAGCAAGGCGCCAGAGGAAGCAAAAUUAAGGAGUAUAAGUUUGAUAUGAAGCAAGUGGAGGCAUUUAGGUAUCGCAUGGAAGAUGCUCUACGGAGUGUUACAAAGGCUGCUAUUCGCGAGGCACGGGUGAAGGAGCUGAAGACAGAAAUAUUGAAUUCCGAUAAACUUAAAGCCCAUUUCGAAGAUAACCCGCUGGAUCUCGAGUUCUUACGCCAUGACAAACCUUUACACCCAACACGAGUGCAGCCACAUAUGAAGCAUGUUCCCAAAUAUUUGUUGCCCCGCAUCGCACCCGUACCUGGUGCUGAAGCUGAAGGGGACGAGGGCAAAGCAAAAUCAUUUGUGCCAUUUAAAAAGGACCCAAUGCGCGGGAAAGGUCGGGGCAGAGGUCGAGGUGGACGCGGUGGAGGGCCUAGUGGACGUGGAGGGAAGAAAAAGUCCGACCCUUUGAAAAAGUUUGGAAAAUAG